UGGGAGGGAGCCUGACACCUGCAUACGAGGGGGAUUGUUGCGUCUGGUACCCGCACACGGGAAGGUCUUUGCCCGGCGAGCUCCCCGGUUCCCGCUGGUCUCCCGGAAGAUGAUGGCGUCUUGCGCGCUGUUCCACGUAGAUCCCGGCCUCCCCGAGAGGCGCUCUUCACUGUCCUGCUUUGUAAUCCUUUUGGUGGCCCCAGGGCUACUGCUACCCAUGCCCUCCGAUGCCUGUGACCCUCCGCAGUACAACUCUAUGAGGCCAACUGUUGUUAAAUCCAGUUAUAAUCCUGGGGAAAAUGUACAAUUUCAGUGUCGCCCAGGAUACAAGCGUAUUAUACCUCUUCUUCCCGUAUCUUCUGUUUGUUACCCUAAUAACACAUGGACACCUCUCCAGGAGGCUUGUACAAAAAAAUCAUGUCAACAUCCAGGAGAUCCCGUAAAUGGCCAUAUGGUCAGCGUAAAUGGAAGUUUUCUCUUUGGAUCACAGGUUCACUAUGCUUGUAAUGAGGGUUAUCGAUUAUUUGGGUCAAAAGUUAUUUAUUGUGAACUUUCUAGUAUCGACGAUAAUACAAUGACUUGGAGUGAUAAUCCCCCUCUAUGUAGUAGGAUAUUGUGUCUACCACCCCCAAAAAUAACAAAUGGGAAAUAUACCAAUAGUGGCAAGGAAGAAUAUGAAUAUAAUGAAGUGGUAACUUACAGUUGUGAUCAAUCAAGUGGACCAGAUGCAUAUUCACUUAUUGGAGAGAGCAGACUUGUUUGUACCGGAAAUGGUGAAUGGAGUGGUAACCCUCCGCAGUGUAAAGUGGUCAGAUGUCCACAUCCUGAACCCGCCAAUGGAAGGCUGACGUCAGGAUUUGGAGGAAAAUAUUCCUACAAAGCAACAGUUGUGUUUACGUGCUCAGAGGGUUAUUACUAUAAUGGAACCAACAUAGCAGUCUGUGGCAGUAACGGUACUUGGGAGCCUGCAGCCCCAAUGUGUUACAAAGCGUCAACUCCUCCCAGUACAAAACCUCCAAUUCCGAGUGUCUCAGAAUCCAAGCCUCCUCUUAUGACUACGACUCCGGGUUCAAGCCAUCCAGAUUCAGAUCAUCCAGGAGCUCCCACUACCACUGCACCACCACCUGAAGACGCUAAUACUUUAGGCAAAGGAAUCAUUGCUGUGAUUGUCAUUGUUGUUCUUGCUGGCAUUGUAUUCCUUUGCUGCAUCCUGGUCAUAUUUUAUCGACACAAGAAGAAAGGGAAAACAGAAGUUAGCGCCUCAUACAGCACUUACCAGGAUAAAUCCACUUCGCCAUCAGAGUCCACGCAGUAAACGGUUUCCACACAGUGCAUCUUCUGAUUCUUUUAGAAUGUUGACAUCGAUGGUAAAUUCAUAUAGCCUCUAUGGAAAACAUACACGCCUUCCUCAAAAAACUAAAAACCAAACCAACGAAUGAUUUAGCAGUUCCACUUGCUGGCAUAUAUCCAAAGGAAACAAACAAACAAACAAAAACACUGCAGCUCUCUGUUCUCUGCAGCAUUAUUUACAACGGCCACCACACGGAUGCCAACCUAAGUGCCCCUGGACAGAUGAAUCGUUAAAAGAAAACAUGGUAUCCAAAUACGGUGGCAUACUGUCCAGCCAUAAAAAAGGAAGGAAAUCUUGCUGUUGGCCACAAAAUGCAUGGACCUUCAGGCAUUUUGCUAAGUGAAAUGAGGUCGAACAAAGACAAAAUACUGUAUGAUCUCAUUUGUAGAAUCUAAAAGGAAAAAAAAAAAAAAAUCCCAGAAAACAAAAACAAACCCUAGGAACAAAUCAGAUUGGUGGUUGCUGGGGGGUGGGGGCAGAUUUGGCUGAAGGUGGUCAAAAGGGACACACUUCCAGUUCUAAGACUAACGAGUGCUGGGAUGUAAUUAUCGUUCAGUCUGCUGUCAGUAGUAUGUUGUAUUUUUGGAGAGUUGCUGAGCGGAAGACAAACACUUUUAUAAUUGAAGUAAUGGAUGUGAACUAAGUUCAUUGUGGUAAUCAUUUCAUAGUAUAUACAUUCUCAAAUUAUGCUCUACACCUUAUACACAAUGUUACGUGUCAGUUAAUAAAACCAGAAAGGGGGAAAGAAAGGAUGUAUAAAAACUUUUCCCUAGGGUUUUUUCCCCCACUUCCACGAAUGCAACUGUUAAUUAAGCCAUCGUGCUAGCGUUUUAAUGUGCUUUGAAUGUACUCACCAUCUUUCGAUGCUUCUUUGAACCGUAUAUGCAUUUGGGUAUGAACAUCUGGCUUGUUUCUCCUUAAAAUAACACGUGCAUUUAUAAGGCAACUCAAUACAAUAUCCCCGGUAUUUAGGUGCGGAAAUUAUUUUUUAAAAUGAAAUUUCCAACUUUAGACAACUGUAGUGCAAAAUAAAUUACAUUUCAUUUGUAAAGAAAGUGACAAAUCUUUUUUGUAAAAAGAUUAAUGAGAAGUCUUAAGAUUUAUUCUCUCAACAACCCUAAAACAUGUUUUACAUAUUGUUCAGUGUAAAAAGUCUUUCAAAUAUGUGUAUGCUACUUUCACCCUUCACAUUAAAAAGAGGAACACUGAAAAUUGGGAUUUUGAACAAGUUUGACUUCCUUAACUGAGAAUAUUAUCAGAAAACAAAGUAAAUAGGGUUGAAUUCUAUAUGUUUUUUAACUAUUUGUAAUUUCUUGGUGACUUCCAGAAGCUAGAAAGUUUAUGGCCUUUGUUCUUCACUUUUUCAAACGUCAGUAAACAGUCAGAGAAGUCAGUUAGGAAUUCAGAAUCUGUUGGAAACUCCUGUACAACUUUAGAGAGUUCUCACACUCAUAAAAGGAAUGGCAGCUGGGGGUACAGAGUGAACCUGUGGCCUAUAAUUUUCUCUAAGAAGAUUCUGCUCUUUAAUAAAAUUAGAUUCCACUCUAAAUCCCAGCAAUGGGUGAUUUUCUCCCUGUACUUGAAUAAGACGAUGCCUUUAAACAACGUCAUGUAAAAGUAGUGACUUUGGCAGGAAUAUCUCCAUCUGAUAACCUCAGGUUGUAUCAGAAUCUUAGUUCUUAUGUGCAUCUCACCUUAACUGCUAAAAUUCAGCAGUUUUUCAGCCACAUUAUUUCAAGAAAGGAAACUGUCCGCUAUUGGCCGAACAAAGGGACAGAGAAAGCAAACAGCUGCAGUGGCACCUGGGGCUCAGGUGGCACUGACCGUGACCUGAGUCCUUACACCAGGCAGAGUCUCUGAGAUAAGCCACUGGGCAGAGAGGAGGGACGGCCACUCACAUUCAGAGUACGGUUUUACAAAUUUUGUUUUGCACUUUCAUAGUUAGUAGCAGAAGUUAGGCCAAAGAAACGCUGCCUUGAGAAGGACAUGAUUGGGAAUCAUGUUUUACAAGUAUUGUUUUAUGGAUAAAGCAUGUUUAUGAUGCACUGUAAGUGUCCCCUCCCUGAGGGAUCGGUGAGGUACUUUGGGAAGAUACGCUUGAGCAGAAAGAAACAGGAAUUUUGAAUUAAGUACAGAGUUGAAGUUUUACUAUACCCAUUUUCACAUACUUUUCAGGGAUGUAGCACUUGCUCAGAAACAAGAGAUGGCUGUACUGUUGAUUUUUAACAAGCCCAG